AUGGCUUCGAAGGAGAGGUUGAAUGAGCUGUGGAUUUUAUAUUACACCAAGAAAGAUGAGGGCUGCCUGCAGCAGUGGCUGGAGGCUUUUGUGGCUUCCUUUGAGAAGCUUGUUGAUGUGCAGUCACUGGAGCCUCGCAGGCUGGAGACCUAUAUUGCGGAGGUUCCCCUCGUACCCAGGGAUGUACUGGUGUUCUUCAGUGACCAGCUAUCGCACAGUGCCAAUCACCUCUCUGGGGGUGACAGUAACAACAGCACCCUGCACCUCUCUGGGGGCGACAGUAACAACAGCACCCUGCACCUCUCUGGGGGCGACAGUAACAACAGCACCCUGCACCCCUCUGGGGGCGACAGUAACAACAGCACCCUGCACCUCUCUGGGGGCGACAGUAACAACAGCACCCUGCACCCCUCUGGGGGCGACAGUAACAACAGCACCCUGCAACUCUCUGGGGGCGACAGUAACAACAGCACCCUGCACCCCUCUGGGGGCGACAGUAACAACAGCACCCUGCACCCCUCUGGGGGCGACAGUAACAACAGCACCCUGCACCUCUCUGGGGGCGACAGUAACAACAGCACCCUGCACCUCUCUGGGGGCGACAGUAACAACAGCACCCUGCAACUCUCUGGGGGCGACAGUAACAACAGCACCCUGCACCUCUCUGGGGGCGACAGUAACAACAGCACCCUGCAACUCUCUGGGGGCGACAGUAACAACAGCACCCUGCAACUCUCUGGGGGCGACAGUAACAACAGCACCCUGCACCCCCUGCUGCUUAUCAAGUUCUUCAUUAUCGUCUGCAGGAAUAUGGAAAACAUUGACCCAGAGAAGACCCCAGGCUAUGUCUUCGAGACCAUUAAACUGUUAAACUUCUGCUUGACUCAGCUGAAGAAGCAGCCUGCGGAUCAGUCGUCCCUCCAGACAGUGAUUCAGUAUGGCCUAAUGCUGUUGGAGAGUCUCUUUGACCCUUAUAAUACAUGGAGGAGACGCCUGGCAGGGGAGGAGGUGAGCAUGGUGGAGAGGAGCAAGUAUAAGUUCUCCCCUCUCCCCUUACCAGAGGAGCUGCCUGCUCUAUUCCAUGACAGCCUGCAGGACAGCCAGCAGAUCCCAGAGGUCCUCACUCUCCGAUUGGUCCAUCUCCAAGGGGCCGUCAUCAGUGGCAGCAAGAAGAACGGCCUGCUCUCCAUCACCCUGCAGUCUGUGGAGGACCUUCUUUCUGUACUCAGAGCCUGGUGCCUCCGGACCUCCUCCAACCCCAAGGACCCCACGCUGCUACGGCUGACCCUGCAGUGCCUGACUGCAAUGGUGCAUAUCCUCCACUCCAGUAGUCCUGCAGAGCGCCGGCUGGAGAUCAGGACCGUGUUGGAUGGCUACUUCCAGGUCCUGAACUGGAACCGGCCUCCAGGGCUAGGGAACGAGCAGGAGGACGGGCAGAGCUGGGAGGAACACCUCAUCACUCUCCAGAGUCACAUGCUGACUUCGGUGCCUGAGAUCCUGCAGUGUUCAGACAGGCCGGUGCUGCAGGCCAUCUUCCUCAACAACAACUGCUUCGAACACAUCCUCCGACUCAUCCAGAACAGCAAGCUCUAUCACAGUAAGAGGUGUAGGUCGGAGCGUGAGGGGGUGUGUGACCUCACCACACGUUUGCUCACGGACACAGAGGUGGAAGUGGACCAGGUUUUGGAGAAAGGUUCCGACUGCAUCACAGUCCAUGCCCUCGGAGUCCUCACAUCCAUCAUGAGUAACUCCCCUUCUGCCAAGGAGGUUUUCAAGGAGAGGAUCGGCUACUCCCAGCUGUUUGACGUGCUGAAGAGUCAGGGUCAGCCCACUAAACGCCUGCUGCAGGAACUAAUGAACAUGGCGGUGGAAGGGGAACACGCCCACGCCCAUCACCUGGGUAUCAGUAACGACCAGCCCCUCCUCCUCCUCCUACAGUGGCUGCCUGACCUGGCCCCCCAGAGGGACCUGCAGCUCCUGGUAGCCCAGUGGCUGGCUGCGGUCUGCGGGGGCUCCCUGUCCUGCCGUACGGUGGCUGUGGAGGCCGGCCUGGUGGGGGCUGUGCUCCAUGUCCUCUCCCAGCCACAGAGACUGGACCGCCAGUGUGCCGACGGCCUCCUGGGGAUGUUACAGGACAUGGGGUCUCUCUGUCUGAGGCCUGCUGAGCUGAAGUCUCUGUUGAGGCUGCUCCGACCCCUCCACCAGAGGGCACUGUAA